UCAUCUGCGAUGAAUAAACAUGAUGACAUCUCCCAGACUCCUCCUCCACGCUGACAUCACACCCUGUCAUUUAUUAGGCAGCAGCAGAGAGUCUGUCGGACAGAUGGACAUCAUGUGGUGUCGAGGGUUUCUGAAGCAGGUCGUCCGUCACUCGUCCAGCGCUGCACGGGUCAGGGCCGGCGUCCUCUUUGAUGUAGAUGGUGUCCUCCUCCGCGGUGGUUCUGUGAUUCCGGCCGCUCGACGGGCUAUAAGGAAACUUGUAGAUCAGAACAACAACUUCCUGUUUCCUGUUGUCUUUGUCACCAACGCAGGAAGCUGUUUGAAACACCACAAAGCCCAGCAGCUGUCUCGCCUGCUGGACGUCCAGGUAACACCUGAGCAGGUGGUUCUGUCCCACAGUCCUCUACACAUGAUGAAGAGUUUCCAUGAUAAAUGUGUGCUGGUGUCAGGACAGGGACCAGUGAGCCGCAUCGCCCACACACUGGGUUUCCAAACCGUGGUGACCAUGGAACAGCUCUCAGAACAGCACCCCCUGCUGGACAUGGUGGACCACAACCGGAGACCUACAACACCUCCAUCUCCUCUGCAGAGCCUGCCCCAGAUAGAAGCGAUCAUCCUGUUUGGGGAGCCAAUCAGAUGGGAGACCAACCUGCAGCUGCUGAUUGAUGUGCUCCUGACCAAUGGGAGACCCAACUGUGUGUAUGACACUCAGGUGUCAAACCAGCUACCUGUCCUCGCCUGCAACAUGGACCUGCUGUGGAUGGCCGAUGCCGCGUCACCACGGUUUGGUCAUGGGAUGUUCCUGCUCUGCCUGGAGUCGGUCUACAAGAAGUUGACAGGCCAGAAGCUGCAGUAUGAGGCGCUGCUGGGGAAACCCAGUCUGCUGACCUACCAGUAUGCCAAGAAGCUGCUGAGGCAGCAGAACCACAAUCACAAGCUGUCCACCAUCUACGCUGUCGGAGACAACCUGAUGACUGACAUCUAUGGUGCUAACCUAUUCAACCGCUACCUGGCUCAGCAGCAUGCUGCCAUGACAACUGGUGCCAAGUUGGUUGCCCAGGCAACAGGGAGCCAGAUGACAAUGGCAGAAGAAGAGCUGGUGUCUGCUUCUCAGUGUUCCUCCAUCCUGGUGUGCACUGGUGUCUAUAACCCUCAUGCCCCCAUGCCUAGUGACCAAGACAGAAGCAUGUCUGAGAUGAUAUUUGGUGGUCAUAGUGACCUGAAACUGGAGCUGGACCUAGUGGAGCCUAGUCAUGUGGUGGAGGAUGUGGAGGCUGCGGUUGAUUUGCUGCUACAACAGGAGAGUUCUGACACCUGACAUACAUUACCAACACCUGGUACCCGAUUUACACCUGUUACCUGAGUCACACCUGUUACCUAACUAACACAAAUUAUCUGAACAACCUGUUACCUUGCUGACACUUAUGACUGACACCUAAUUCAAACCUGACUGAACAUGUUUGACGCUUGAUCUCCUGUCUAUUGGUUUUGGAGGAAGUUCCUGUUAUAAAUUAGUGAGGUUUGACAUUGACUUUUUUUGUUUUGUUUAUCAUAACCUGCAAACAUCUUUGCACAGAGUCACCUGGACAGACUCCUUGUUCGUGUUGGUUUAACAAUAAGCUUGAAUCUGAUGAAUUUGGAAGUAAGCCUGACCUCCAACAUGUUCGAAGCUGCACAUCUUCUACCAGUUUGUGUGUUUGUAUGGGGGCUUUAAGUUUUGUUGGGAGAUUGCUAUUUAAUGAGCCAACAUUUUACACGUAAAACUUGUGGUGCUGUGUGAUUUCGGUUUAAGGCUGUGAAUGUGAUAAAAAAAUAAAAUCAUGUUAACAUA